UGCAUCGUAUUCGUCAGAGCAAGCAUGGCCCUUCACAGCUCUUACCCUCUUACUGCAUACCUGACCACAGAGCUGGUGACAAACACUCUCUCAGCAUGAAGGGGGUAGCCUGCUGAGAGAGAGAGAGAGAGAGAGAGAGAGAGAGAGAGAGAGAGAGAGAGAGAGAGAGAGAGAGAGAGAGAGAAAGAGAGUGGAUGAGGGACAAGCUCCAGCUGUCACUCUAACAGACUCCGGGCUAUAGCCCGCUCACAAUCCCACAACACUUGGAACAACACUUUGGAACAACACUUCAGCUGCUGGAUCUGUUCUGGCCACCGGAUAAUCCACGUUCAUGUCGUUUUGCCUGGUUGACAUUUUUGACAUGGAAUCACCAACCAAGGAGAUUGAGGAUUUUGAGAACAACUCUCUGAAGUAUUUACAGCCGGAGCAGAUAGAGAAGAUCUGGCUGAGACUGAGAGGACUGAGAAAAUAUAAGAAGACAUCACAGAGAUUACGAUGUCUGGUGAAACAGCUGGAGCGGGGUGAGGCCUCUGUUGUUGACCUAAAGAAGAACCUGGAGUAUGCAGCUUCUGUACUGGAGUCAGUGUACAUCGAGGAGACAAGACGACUGGUGGACACAGAAGAUGAGCUCAGUGACAUCCAAUCAGAUUCGGUGCCUUCAGAGGUGCGGGAUUGGCUAGCCUCCACCUUUACGCGACAGAUGGGGUUGAUGCUUAGGCGGACAGAGGAGAAGCCACGUUUCCGCAGUAUCGUCCAUGCUGUUCAGGCUGGGAUAUUUGUAGAGAGAAUGUAUCGGCGGACGUCCAACAUGGUGGGAUUAAGCUAUCCACCCAGCGUGAUCACAGUACUAAAGCAUGUGGAUACAUGGUCAUUUGAUGUGUUUGCGCUGAAUGAUGCAAGUGGAGAACAUGCACUGAAAUUCAUAUUUUACGAGCUCCUCACCAGAUAUGACUUAAUCAGUCGCUUCAAGAUCCCCAUCUCUGCACUGGUGUCAUUUGUAGAGGCUCUGGAAGUGGGCUACAGUAAACACAAAAACCCCUACCAUAACCUUAUCCAUGCAGCAGAUGUCACUCAGACUGUACACUACUUUUUGCUGAAAACAGGCAUGGUGCACUGGAUGACAGAGUUAGAAAUCUUUGCGAUGAUAUUUGCAGCAUCAAUACAUGAUUAUGAACACACCGGGACCACUAACAAUUUUCACAUACAAACAAGAUCAGACACUGCAAUAUUGUACAAUGACCGUGCAGUGCAGGAGAAUCAUCACGUGAGUUCUGCUUAUCGACUCUUACAGGAGGACGAUGAAAUGAAUAUUCUCUAUAACUUAUCAAAAGAUGACUGGAGAGAGUUCCGAACACUGGUAGUUGAGAUGGUUUUGGCCACAGACAUGUCCUGUCACUUCCAGCAGGUCAAAGCCAUGAAGAACUUCCUUCAGCAGCCAGAGGCGAUUGACAAACCAAAGGCUUUAUCACUGUUACUGCACACUGCGGACAUCAGCCACCCUGCCAAAAAGUGGGAUUUACAUCACCGCUGGACCACAUCUCUGCUGGAGGAGUUCUUCAGACAGGGGGAUAAAGAGGCAGAACUGGGCCUUACUUUCUCUCCUCUUUGUGACCGCAAGUCCACCAUGGUGGCCCAGUCUCAGAUUGGUUUUAUUGACUUCAUUGUGGAGCCCACAUUCACUGUGCUAUCGGACAUGGCAGAGAAAAUAAUGACUCCUCUCAUUGAUGAGGCAUCACGCUCAGGGCUGGCCAGCUUCAGACGCUCCAGCCUGAAUAACAUCCCAUCUGAUGGCAAGCGGGCCAAUGUGAAGAGCACUGGCUCAGAAGGCAGCACCGCUCACAAUUGCUCCCUGCUUAGCAUUGACUUCAAGAGUUUCAAGGGUACCUGGAACGAAGAGGUGCAUCAGAACAGAGAGAAGUGGAAAACUCAGGCAGCCAAAGAGGAGAACAUCAAAAAGGAGGAAGAAGAGAAGGCCAAUGAGAAAGAAGCUGAUAGAAAAGAGGACACAACUGAAGAGAAAACAGACCCCGCACAGGACAAAGACAAAUCAUCAAACAAAGACACGAAAGAUUCUUCGUUAACAGAAUGUAACAAAGUCAGCAAAGAGAGGGACACAAAACCAGAGCCAACAGACUCCACCAAGGCCAAAGUGGAUAAGAAAGAGCCCACAGAACAGCAACCUAAAGAGGUGGAGGGCAAUAAGGACCCAGGGGGACUGAACGGAACAAAGACAGAGGCUGCUAAUGAUCAGGCGGAUGCAAAAAAGCCAGACACCAGCAGUGAUACAGACAAUAGCCAGCAAGUUCAAAACGGGGACGAGCUGGACUUACCCGACAGUGACGACAGUGACACAAAGAGCUCUGAUGAUGCAGAUGAGGAGCACAGCACUCAAGAAAGUUCAGGCACCUCCCUAGUAGCCAGUGCUGCAUCCGCCUCCACGCCUGAUGCACACUAACCACUCUUUCGUUUCUCAACAAGGACUCCAUCUGCUGGGCAACACUCUCACUCCUGCACAAUGGCACCCUCUGGUGUCUGCUUUGAUAUUUACAGAACUAAUUUGUUUUUUCUUGUUUUCUUCUCUCUUGGAUUUCUCUUGCAAAUUGACUUUCCUUUUUUUACUUUUAUAAUUUCCCUUUUGUUGCCUAAUUCUUUCCUGCUUUUAGUGAUGUGUUUUAUAUCGCUUAAUUGUCAGGCUUGAAUUGCUAUGAGACCCAGAAGGGGUGCAGCGUGGAGACCUUGGCCUAGACUUAACCCAAUACGGGGUCAUAUUAGCCCAGUGAGUGUUGUCAUAGAGGCACAGAGAAUCUAUUAUCACUGGAGCCAGAAGGGAGCAUAUGGCAGUAUGGCCAUAGUGGUAUCCCUCAGCUGAGCUCUCCCUAGAGAUGAUGUACGCACAUGUGCACACACACACACACACACACACAUACACACACACACACAUAGCCGACUGCCGAGCCUAUAAAGCUGCACAUGUAGAGCUGUCCAGAUAUUGCCAGAUCUGGGGACAGGCACACACACAGCCUCGAACUGACACAGCCAGCUGUACUGGGCUUUGUUUCCCACUGGAAUUCUCUUCCUGUGACAGAACCCGAAAAACUGAAGAAUGUCCACUUAAAUUUGUUUUGUUGUUAUUCUCUGUGUGUAACUGCCUGGUUGAUAUGCAUUGUGUCCUGUAAAAUGUGCUGGUCAGGACUUCACUAGCUCUCAGUUGACAAUAGCAGUAUUCAGUAAAUGUGCAUUCUUGUUAACGCUUUUAUUUACUGCACAUGUUUGCGGAUUGAUGUGACAUCUGUUUGUCUGAUUUUGAACAUUUGAUUUUGCCUGUAUAAUGUUGCUUGGUCAUAAAAGGUUGUUGUUUGUUUGUUUUGGGUUUUUUAUAUAUUUUUUUUGUCCAUAAAUCAGUUCUAAAUGCUUAAAUUGUAAUAAGCUCAGUGUGAAAGGCUAAAAAUGUAUCAUUCUGAUAGAUGCCAUUUAGUUGACGUCUGAUAGAUGGCAUUUGGUUGAUAUUUGAUAGAUGCCAUUUGGUUGACCCUAUUUUGCCAAAAUAAUGUAUAUUUAUUGUUACAAUAUUCCUGUGAACAUAAAAAAAAAAGAAAAGAGUUAAGGUGAUUUAAUAUAUAAAGUAGGGCUGUCUAACCUCAUAACCUUAUGACCAAACUUGUGACCAUGUGUCCAUUUCUCCAGUAUGGUUAGCUCCAGUAUUGUUACUCUGCACAAUACUCUGAGCUGCAGUGCCAUCUUAGGUAUACAACACUGCUCUAUGCCUCGCUGUUAAAAUUUUCACAUGAUCAGCCCUUGUAAUAUAGUUCAAGUACUUUCUGAUUUGAACAGUCAGAAUUUUUUCAAGCAUUCUGUAUAUAUUUACUGUAUAUAAAUAAGAAAAUAUUAUUUAUAACCAGUUACAGUGUAUAGAUACAGUCAGUAGACUGAUCACUGCAAUCAGAAGUGAACAUUAGACUUAUUAAGAUGUGAAAGGUCAGCAUCAUAAUUUAAGUGAACCAAGUUAUUUUGAUUGAAAUGUACUAUAGGAGCGACAACAUUUUUAUUUUUCAGAUGUCUGGAGUUGCUUCUCCUGCUUUUCUCAGACUGUUUUAUCUUACAAAUGAUGAAAAAAAAAAAUCAUGCCACUUCCUCUGAUGCACUUAAUUCAAUUUUAAGUAUAUGAGCCACCACGACUUCUCCUAGAUAGUUAUUCCCAAGCCAUAAUGAUUCUGUGAGUUCAUGUAUUUUGUAUUUUAAAUUUAAUUUCCAACAUUCCCUAACUAAUUUUUUGACUAGAUACCAUGUUGUCUAUUAGAAACAAUUUUCAAAAAGUAAUAAAGGUGAAUGUAAUCAAAAGCACGUAGUCACUGUACAACAAGACUAAAGUAAAAUUCCACCAGAAAUAAUAAAGAACAUAUUAUUAUUGUUAUUAUUAUUAUUAUUAUUAUUAUUAUUGUUGUUGUUGUUGUUGUUGUUGUUGUUGUUGUUGUUGCUGUUGUUAUUAUUAUUUCUUCUUUUUUUUUUGGUGAUGUAUUUUAAGUAGUCAACAAACUCACUGUGUAAAAUGCUAUUGCUGCCUUUACCAAAGAGAUAAAUAUUUAUUUUGUAGAUUAAUUCUUUGUCCUUUAGCACAACCCAUUAGAGAAGAAAAGGAGUCAUGAGAUACUGUGCAAGUUGUUUUUUAUGAGGUUUAUUAUGCUUAACAAUAAUUGCUGCCUUAAAUUCAUGUUAUUGUACCACUGAUGUGUGAGCCUUCAAAACCUCAAUGUAAUAUUGUUUAUAUAUACAUAUGUAUAUGUGAAUUAUAUAAUAUGUUUAUUUUCAGUUCCUUGUGGAAAGAUUAUUAUUAUUAUUAUUAUUAUUAUUAUUAUUAUUAUUAUUAUUAUUAUUUACAAGACUGUAUGCUAAUUGUCAGUCCUGGUAUGUCAGUCAUUAUUUGUAUCAAUUGUGUGUUAUGAGACAAAUAUUUAGUCUAUUUUGUAUUUGUGUAGUGUUCAGUGAAAAGCAGGCAGUCAUGCACCAAAAGUCACCAGCAACCAUUUCUGUCUCUGACCAUCUGUAAAUUUACUGUUUCCAGCGAUGUAGUAAGCAUACAUCAGAUUGUACUUCAUGGUUAUGCUGAUAUUAAAUGUGAGAGAAUUCAUUUUUAUUUUUAUUUUUAAUUCAUAUCCGUUCACCAGCAAGCUCAGUAGGCUGAUGCAGAGCUGGGCAUGGUAUUAUAACCUGUUGACAAAAGUAAAGUGCAAAAGUCUUUUGUACAUGUAAAGAAAGUCUGUGAUGCAAAGAUGCUUUCAAAAUAAUAUAUUUUUUUUUAAUUACAUAUGAAAUUAAACACUGUAAACAGACAAAAAUCGAAUAAAUACAUGGCUACCCUUUGCCAUUUAAAAACGCUUAGGUCGUGCAGUUUUGAAAGUUCAAGUUGUGCAAGUUCAAGCAUGUUGGAGAACUUGCCAUGGCUCAACUGUAGAAUGAUACAUGGCUCAUGUUUUUAUCCUCCUCUCCUUAAUGACAUACAUAAUUUUCCCUGUAACAGUAAAAUCGUUUUUUUUUUUCUUACUGACACACAAAUGCAGAAGAUACAGUAUAAAAUAAGCAAGAAAUAAAGAAUACCUGCAAGACUUUUGCACAUUACUGUAAACAAAUGCCUAGUGUUGCAUACAGUCCAAAUGGCUAUUAAUUAUAUUUUGUUUUGACAUUAAAGGUCAUUUUGAGAGUAUGUUGCCCUCAGGGGUGAGAUGACAGAUUGACCUGUUAACUGCAAAGCAUGUGAAGUAUGUUUCUGUUUGCUUACUAACCCACUCACCUCAUCAGGAAUCAGCUGUGACAUGCCGUGUGCAGUGAAAUAUUCUAAAUAGAAUACAGCAGUAAAUAUGGUACAGUGAAAUAUUGCCUUAAUUAAUUUGUUUUUAGUUUUGCAGCUUUAUAAUAAUAAACUGCCAGGUGUUUAGAUAAGUCAUGUCUGUCAACCUCUAUGUUUCUGUCAUGGGAUUGUCUGGUUUUCAAUUCUGUGGAAUUUGUACUGACAAAAUGAGUAUUAUAAUAAUAAUAAUAAUAAUAAUAAUAAUAAUAAUAAUAAUAAUAAUAAUAAUAAUAAUAAUGGUAAAAGUGGCAUGUGAAUUCAGAUGAUCAGGAUGGGAUUAGUUUAAUUAAGAGAAAGUUUAACAGCCCAGUGCGAUCCCCUGCAGGUUGUUUUAUGUACUGCAUCAGAAACCAUGAAAAUCUGUUUUCAUCCCAUUGUUUUUUAUGCUCAGUUUUGUGCACUCUUCCCAAAGCAUAAGCCAUAUAGUGAUUUAAUUUUAUGUAUCCUUUACAAGUUUGACAUAUUUCGACUCCACACUAAUGUCCUGUUCAAACCUUUUUUUCCCCCAAGGGGGAAACAAUCGCAAACCAAGAGAGACACAUGGUGGUGUGAUCCUGUUUGUUUCUGAUGCUCCAUUAUUGCACUGUUUUGCCAAUAAAUCUAAACUCAAAGGGCUCA